GUGACCACAUUGCUCAGCUGAAUCCCAAGUAAGAUGUCUCAUCGGAGUGGUCAAGAGGACCCAGAGCGGUACCUGUUUGUGGACCGUGCCGUUGUGUACAACCCAGCCACACAGGCGGACUGGACYGCCAAGAAGCUGGUGUGGGUCCCCUCAGAGCGCCACGGCUUCGAGGCGGCCAGUAUCCGAGAAGAGCGCGGRGAGGAGGUGCAGGUGGAGCUGGCAGAGAAUGGCAAGAAGGUGGUGAUCAACAAGGAUGACGUCCAGAAGAUGAACCCUCCCAAGUUCAGCAAGGUGGAGGACAUGGCCGAGCUCACCUGUCUGAAUGAGGCGUCGGUGCUGCACAACCUGAAGGACCGCUACUACUCUGGACUCAUCUAUACCUACUCUGGCCUUUUCUGUGUGGUCAUCAACCCCUACAAGAACCUGCCCAUCUACUCAGAGAACAUCAUUGAGAUGUACAGAGGGAAGAAGAGGCAUGAGAUGCCUCCGCACAUUUAUGCCAUCUCUGAGUCAGCGUACCGCUGCAUGCUUCAAGAUCGUGAGGACCAAUCAAUCCUUUGCACAGGUGAAUCAGGGGCUGGCAAGACUGAGAACACAAAGAAGGUCAUCCAGUAUCUGGCCCAUGUUGCGUCUUCGCAUAAAGGACGCAAGGACCACAACAUUCCUCCCGAAUCUCCCAAUGUAUUCAAGCUACAGGGGGAGCUGGAACGGCAGCUCCUGCAGGCCAACCCCAUCCUCGAAUCUUUUGGCAACGCCAAGACAGUGAAAAAUGACAACUCGUCUCGCUUUGGGAAGUUCAUCAGAAUCAACUUUGACGUCACAGGAUACAUUGUUGGGGCCAACAUUGAAACAUAUCUCCUGGAGAAGUCGAGGGCCAUUCGACAGGCAAAAGAUGAGAGGACUUUUCACAUUUUCUACCGCCUGCUGGCAGGAGCUGGAGAGCAUCUUCGGACGGACCUGCUUCUGGAAGGCUUUAACAACUACCGCUUCUUGUCAAACGGUAACAUUCCCAUCCCGGGUCAACAAGACAAGGAGAAUUUCCAGGAGACGAUGGAGGCCAUGCACAUCAUGGGGUUCUCCCAUGAUGAGAUUGUCUGCAUGUUAAAGGUGGUCUCUGCAGUGCUGCAGUUUGGCAAUGUUGUYUUCAAAAAAGAGAGGAACACUGAUCAAGCCUCCAUGCCUGAGAACACAGCGGCUCAAAAGCUCUGCCACCUGCUUGGCAUGAAUGUUAUGGAGUUCACCCGAGCCAUCCUCACCCCACGGAUCAAAGUAGGACGAGAUUAUGUGCAAAAGGCACAGACCAAAGAACAGGCUGAUUUUGCUGUUGAAGCCCUGGCCAAGGCAACAUACGAGCGGCUGUUCCGCUGGCUGGUCCACCGUAUCAACAAGGCCCUGGACAGGACCAAACGACAGGGGGCCUCUUUCAUCGGCAUCCUGGACAUCGCCGGCUUUGAGAUAUUUGAGUUGAACUCUUUCGAGCAGCUUUGCAUCAACUACACCAACGAGAAGCUGCAGCAGCUCUUCAACCACACCAUGUUCAUCCUGGAGCAGGAGGAGUACCAGAGAGAGGGCAUCGAGUGGAGCUUCAUCGACUUCGGCCUCGACCUGCAGCCCUGCAUCGACCUCAUCGAGAGACCGAAUAACCCCCCAGGAAUCCUCGCUUUGCUCGAUGAGGAGUGCUGGUUUCCCAAGGCCACAGACAAGACGUUUGUCGAUAAAGUUCUGCAGGAGCUGGGCACACACUCCAAGUUUCAAAAACCACGUCAACUCAAGGACAAAGCUGACUUCUGCAUCAUCCACUACGCAGGGAGGGUGGACUAUAAAGCUGAUGAGUGGCUCAUGAAGAACAUGGAUCCUCUGAAUGAUAACGUGGCCACGCUGCUCCACCAGUCCACUGAUAAAUUUGUGGCAGAGCUCUGGAAAGACGUUGACCGGAUUGUGGGUCUGGACCAAGUCGCUGGCAUGAACGAGACGGCGUUUGGAGCUGCCUACAAGACUAAGAAAGGCAUGUUCCGCACCGUUGGACAGCUUUACAAGGAACAGUUGUCUAAACUGAUGGCCACACUCAGGAACACAAACCCCAACUUUGUCCGCUGCAUCAUCCCCAACCAUGAAAAAAGAGCUGGUAAGCUGGACCCCCACCUGGUUCUGGACCAGCUGAGAUGUAACGGUGUUCUGGAGGGGAUCCGUAUCUGCAGACAGGGAUUCCCCAACCGCAUCGUCUUCCAGGAGUUCAGACAGAGGUACGAGAUCCUGACACCUAACGCCAUUCCCAAGGGUUUCAUGGAUGGAAAGCAGGCCUGCGAGAGAAUGAUUCAGGCACUUGAGCUGGAUGGGAACCUCUUCCGUAUUGGUCAGAGUAAGAUCUUCUUCAGRGCUGGAGUCCUGGCCCACCUGGAGGAAGAGAGAGACCUGAAGAUCACGGACAUCAUCAUUUACUUCCAGGCUGUUUGUCGAGGAUAUCUGGCACGCAAGUGAAGCCCCUGCUACAGGUGACCAGACAGGAGGAGGAGAUGCAGGCUAAAGAUGAAGAGCUGGUCAAAGUGAAGGAGAAGCAGAUGAAGGUGGAGGGAGAGCUGGUGGAGAUGGAGCGAAAACAUCAACAGCUACUGGAAGAGAAGAACAUCCUCGCUGAGCAGCUGCAGGCAGAGACAGAGCUGUUUGCAGAGGCCGAGGAGAUGAGAGCUCGGCUCGCAUCCAAAAAGCAAGAGCUGGAGGAGAUCCUGCACGACCUGGAGUCCAGGCUGGAGGAGGAGGAGGAGAGGAGUCAGGGCCUGCAGAACGAGAAGAAAAAGAUGCAGUCUCACAUCCAGGACCUGGAGGAACAGCUGGAUGAGGAGGAGGCAGCCAGGCAGAAGCUGCAUCUGGAGAAAGUCACAGGGGAAGCUAAAAUGAAGAAGUACGAGGAAGACAUUUUACUGCUAGAAGAUCAGAACUCCAAGUUUUUAAAGGAAAAGAAGUUGCUUGAAGACAGAAUCAAUGAGGUGACGCUGAUGCUCGCAGAAGAGGAAGAAAAGGCCAAAAACCUUGGAAAGCUGAAGAACAAGCAGGAGAUGAUGAUGGUCGACCUGGAGGAGAGACUGAAGAAAGAGGAGAAAACUCGUCAGGAGCUAGAGAAGGCCAAGAGGAAGCUGGAAGGAGAGACGUCAGACUUCCAGGACCAAAUAGCCGAGCUGCAGUCACAAAUAGAAGAAGUUAAAGUUCAGCUGAGUAAAAAGGAAGAGGAGCAGCAGAUGAUGCAGGCGAGAGGAGAAGAAGAGACUGGUCAGAAGAACAACGCUCUGAAGCAGAUCAGGGAGCUGCAGGCCCAGCUGUCUGAGCUGCAGGAGGACCUCGAGUCAGAGAAGCAGGCCAGAAACAAGGCGGAAAAACUCAAGAGGGACUUGAGUGAGGAGCUGGAAGCCCUCAAGACUGAACUGGAAGACACCCUGGAUACAACAGCAGCCCAGCAGGAGCUCAGGACUAAACGUGAACAGGAGGUUGCAGAGCUGAAGAAAGCCAUYGAGGAGGAAACUAAAAACCACGAGGCUCAGAUCCAGGAGAUGCGACAGAGGCACUCGACCGCCUUGGAGGAGCUGUCUGAGCAGCUGGAACAGGCCAAGAGGUUUAAGGCUAACCUCGAAAAGACCAAGCAGAGCCAGGAGAGUGCCAACAAGGAGCUGACCAGUGAGGUGAAAAGCUUACAGCAGGCGAAGGUAGAGUCGGAACACAAGAGGAAGAAGCUGGAGGGUCAGCUGCAGGAGUUCAUGGCCAGAGUCACCGAGGGAGAGAGAGCUAAAGGAGAGCUGGCUGAACGCGCACACAAGCUGCAGACUGAACUGGAUAAUGUGUCCGCCUUGCUGGAAGACGCAGAGAGGAAAGGGAUCAAGACGGCCAAAGAUGUCGCCGGUUUAGAGAGCCAGCUCCAAGACACACAGGAGUUGCUCCAGGAGGAGACCCGUCAGAAACUGAACCUGAGCAGCCGCAUUCGCCAGCUGGAGGAGGAGAAAACAACUCUGCAGGAGCAACAGGAGGAGGAUGAGGAGGCGCGCAAGAAUCUGGAGAAACAGCUGCUGACUCUACAGGCUCAGCUGUCAGAGAGCAAGAAGAAACUGGAAGAUGACGUCGGAACAAUCGAGAGCCUGGAGGAGGUGAAGAAGAAACUGCAGAAGGAUCUGGAGCUGGCUACUCAGCGUCUGGAGGAGAAGACCAUUGCUUUUGAGAAAAUGGAGAAGACAAAAACUCGUCUUCAGCAGGAGCUGGACGAUCUCACGGUUGACUUGGAUCACCAGAGACAGAUUGUGUCCAACCUGGAGAAGAAACAGAAGAAGUUUGAUCAGAUGCUAGCCGAGGAGAAGAGCAUCUCGGCUCGUUUCGCGGAGGAGCGUGACCGUGCCGAAGCCGAGGCCAGAGAGAAGGAGACCAAAGCUCUGUCCAUGACCAGAGCUUUAGACGAGGCGCUGGAGGCCAAAGAGGAGCUGGAGAGGAUUAACAAGCAGCUCCGGGCUGAAAUGGAAGAUCUGAUGAGCUCAAAGGACGACGUGGGCAAGAAUGUCCAUGARUUAGAGAAGUCCAAGCGCACGCUGGAGCAGCAGCUGGAGGAGAUGAAAACUCAGCUGGAGGAGCUGGAGGACGAGCUGCAGGCCACCGAGGAUGCCAAGCUGCGCCUGGAGGUCAACAUGCAGGCCAUGAAGGCCCAGUACGAGAGGGACCUCCAAGGCCGGGACGACCAGAACGAUGAGAAGAAGCGAGCUCUUGUCAAACAGGUGCGAGAGAUGGAGGCUGAGUUGGAGGAUGAGAGGAAGCAGAGAGCUUUAGCUGUAGCUGCUAAGAAGAAACUGGAGAUGGACCUGAAGGACAUUGAGAGUCACAUCGAAGGAGCCAACAAGGCUCGAGACGAAGCCAUCAAACAGCUGCGCAAGUUACAGGCUCAGAUGAAGGACUAUCAGAGGGAGCUGGAGGACACCCGGGCCUCCAGAGACGACAUUUUUGCCAUGGCAAAAGAGACUGAGAAGAAACUCAAGAGUCUGGAGGCUGAGAUCGUUCAGCUACAUGAGGACCUCGCAGCCUCCGAGAGGGGUCGGCGCCACGCAGAGCAAGAACGAGAUGAGCUGCAGGAUGAAAUCUCAAACAGCACCUCUGGAAAAGCUGCUCUGAUGGAUGAGAAGAGGAGACUGGAGGCUCGGAUUGCCCAGCUGGAGGAGGAGCUGGAGGAGGAGCAGGGCAACAUGGAGCUUCUCAAUGACAGAUUCAGAAAGUUAUCCAUGCAGGUGGACACCCUGACCACAGAGUUGAGUGCAGAGCGCAGCACGGCACAGAAAAGCGAGAACGCUCGCCAGCAGUUGGAGCGUCAGAACAAGGAGCUGCGGGCCAAGCUGAGCGAGCUGGAGGGUUCUGUAAAGAGCCGGUUUAAGGCCACCAUCACGGCUCUGGAGGCCAAAAUCACUCAGCUGGAGGAGCAGAUGGAGCAGGAGGCCAGGGAGCGAGCAGCGGCCAACAAGAUAGUGAGAAGAACCGAGAAGAAGCUAAAAGAAGUUUGCAUGCAGGUGGAGGAUGAACGUCGCCAUGGCGACCAGUUUAAAGAGCAAUUGGAGAAGGCCAACUCUCGUAUGAAGCAGUUGAAGCGGCAGCUCGAAGAGGCCGAGGAGGAGGCGACGAGGGCCAAUGCCUUGCGCAGGAAGCUGCAGAGAGAGCUGGACGACGCCACCGAGGCCAGCGAGGGUCUGAGCCGCGAGGUUCACACACUCAAGAACCGUCUCAGACGAGGCGGCCCCAUCAGCUUCUCCUCCAGUCGUUCAGGCCGACGCCCACUGCAGGUGGAGGGAACCUCUCUGGAGCUGCUGUCAGACGACGAGCUGGAAAACAAGAUCACUGACAACAACGCCAACGAGACCCCGGCUCCCCAGCCAGAGUAGAAGAACAAGAAUCCUCCAUCGACGCCUGCCUGAGCAGGAACCCGUUUCUGCAUUUAAAUGAAUUUUCCAGCAGCUCCUCUGUCUCCAGAUUACAGCCAUAUAAUCUAAACCCAUAGAGUUUUAUUUUAUCUAACCUAUAAUCCCUCAUCCCCAGCAGACACCAGCAGUUGGAGCUCCAACACUCUCACUUUCACCCCACUUCAUUUUAAACACUUCUCUGCCUUCACCCUCCUGUGAGCUGCAGAGCUGAUCAGAAAGCCUAAAACCUCCAGUAACACCAAUAAACCCCUGCACACGUUAGAAACACGUAACCCAGCUCGUAAUGCAGCGAGUGAAAAAUAUUCUGACCUGGAGCAGCAGUUAGCUGCUUAAAUGCUUCCAAAUGUUACAACGAGACUGUGAUAUGUGACUGGAACAAACUGUAAAAAAAAAAAAAAAAGAAAGAAAAGAGUUUCUGAUUUGAUUUUGUCAUCUGUCUUCAUCAUUCUGUUGGUGCAUCUUAYGAAUCAGUUUAAUCGUGUACGCUGAGCUGGAGCUGAAUAGUCAUUUUCGGGUCCUGUGCCUGGGAUUGUUUGCUUGCAUAUGAAUAUAGAAAUGUGACUGUAAGCUGCCUUGUUGCCUCAGAGCUGCAGAUUAUUGUUUUGUUUUUCAGGUGUUCGACAGUAGGUUAGCGUUGACUUGUAACUGUUGGGUGUGAGCGCUCCUCUUCCCUUGCUUCUUCUAUUGUGCCUUUUUCACUCAUUUGGAAAUCAUUUAUGCUUCACAUAUAGCUCACAUAUUGAAUCAUGUAUAAUUCCAUGAAGGUAUUUUCAUAAGAAAUAUCAUAAAUUUGCAUAUUUUAAUGACAUUUUAGUGGAAACCUGACAAAUGUCUUCCUCCAGCUUUUUAUGUCCUGAUGAUAUUUGAUGUGUCGGCAGCACGAGGAUCUUUGUAGAUGGGUGCUGACUUUUCUUGUUCUAACCUUUUGUACUUUGAGUUAUGAAGAUUUGAAAAACAGUCCAAUAGAGUCCUUCUGUAUUUAUAUCUCUGCCAUUGUUUACAAUACAAACUGCAUUCAUACUGCAGCCUGCUCACURUCACACGUUAAUCCUCUAAACUCUUUUCUCAUGAGUUACAUUGGAGUAAUUAGGAGUUUUGUGUUGCAUUAAAGUCUUGGUUGAGUUCUAAAAGGUUCAGUAAUGAUCUCCAUUCAAAGUUUUGGGUUUAAAACAACAUAAAAUAACAUUUCACUAAUUAUUAAUAUUUUAUUGAGGGUGCAAAUAUGGUGCAGUUAAUACUCUUCUGUUUCUGUCACUUUUUUUGCUGCACUACUCCUCACACAGCUUUACAAAGAGUGUGAAAAAACAUCAAAUUAAAGGUCUAGAAUUUCCUGAA